AUUACUCCCUCAAAACUUGCUUAGUCCGUAACUCAAAGCUAGAUCCAAAUUUUAUUUUAUUUUCCUUUUCGAAUAUAACCCUUUUUUAACUUUCACUCCAUUUGCAUGCUCAUUGAAAGCUUUCAGCAUAGCUAGAAAGUGUUACAAGAGAAGGAACCCAAAACAAUCCAAUGGGUGUUGUAACAGAGUCACAGUUCCAUGUUUUGGCUGUUGAUGAUAGUCCCUUUGAUCGGAAAAUGAUAGAAAGAUUGCUGCAAAAGUCUUCAUGUCAAGUAACUACAGUUGAUUCAGGCUCUAAAGCUCUCGAGUUUCUUGGUUUGAGAGAAAGCAAUGAGAGCGACGACCCAAAUGCUACCUCUACAUCACCUGAAGUUGAAAUAAAUCUUAUAAUUACAGAUUACUGUAUGCCUGGCAUGACUGGUUAUGAUUUGCUCAAGAGAGUUAAGGAAUCAGCAGCAUUUAGAAGCAUUCCUGUAGUAAUAAUGUCAUCUGAGAAUGUACCUGCUAGAAUCUCCAGAUGUCUGGAAGAAGGAGCUGAGGAGUUUUUCUUGAAACCAGUGAAGUUAGCUGAUCUUACCAAGUUGAAAUCUCAUAUGAUGAAACCCAAGUUGAAGAAAGAAAGUGAGAAACCAGCAGCAGAAGUGAAACCGGAGAUAGAAGAAAAAGAAUCGUCAGUGAUUGAAAUCUUGACUCUCCAUCAAGAACUUGAUUCCGAGCAACAAGAACCAGUGUUGAGUAAUAAUAAGAGGAAAUCAAUGGAAGAAGUGAUAUCUACUACUGAUCGAUGACGUCCUAAAUACAAUGAUAUCACAACAUCGAUCUGACUGGGUGUUCAGAUAAGUUUUUUCUCAAAACUUUAAUUCAGAGUUUUUGUUAGGUUCUUAGUAGGAAUGCUUCUUCUGGUAACUACAGGGUUGCUAUAUAAAAUAAAUCAGGGGAUAUAUAUGUAGAUGAUGAUAAAGUACUAUUAUCGACACAAGAUGGUGUAUAUUCCAGCACAUCUGAAAUGUAUAUCAUCACAAACUAGCAAAUAUAUAAUAAUAACACUUCGGGUUAGCCUUAAAAACACAGCAGGAUCUCGUGGUUCUUCUCCUAUAAACCAUAUCAUCUCUGCAAAACUGUCUAACAAAUCCUAAAAGCUACUCAGAAACUUAAAAAAUCAAAAAGAAAAGCGGAAGCAAAAUAGGUAUCAAUAUUGCCAUAUUGCCCCCACACAGGAAAACAAAUGGAGACAUCAUGGACCAGAGUGAUGGGACACUGGCCCGAUUUCAUUGGGUUGAGUUCUGUUAGAGCUGUUUUCUAAUCUACCCAUCAUCAGCAAGUAAUGAUACUUUAGAGUGAUUGCAUGAGGCUGGUUUCACCGAGCAAGAGCAGUGUCCACUCCCAUUAACAUGUCAUUGCCUUCCAACUUUCCAAGUCCGUUAUGAUCUCGAUGUGUACAUGUAACAACUUUCGUCUCCUUGGGAUUUAGACUGAUUAUAUAGAGUAUCGAUUCCAAUCCCUUACCAGGAUGACUUACUUGAAUCCGAGAUCUUAUCACUAGGAUCCCAUGGGACGAACUUUUAUAGUAAUAUUAUUUUUUCACCGACUAAUGUCAUAAUGAGCUUCUUCAUUCUAAUAGUUUAAUGUCAUUCUCUUAAUGGGCUUUUACCAGACAACUAUAGAAUGGGUCCCAAAUAUAGAAAAAAAAAACAAAAUACGUCUAAUCAUACGGGAAUGAUUUGUUGUUCGUUGGGGAAAUAUCGGCUAACUCAUCAUAGAGGACAUUAAAAAAAAAUUAAUGGUUAGCCUUCGGGUAAGGUUGAUAUAAAAGUUUGGGAGGGGUCUUCACUUUUACGCUCGAAUUUAUUGGUCGAACACUGACGUGUCACCUAACACUCUCCUAGCUGGCCAGAAAGAGACGCGACGCGGCUGGUGAAAAGUAUGGCGACGUAAUUAUUGAUUGGUCUGAAGAUACCCCGCAUGUGUCACGUGUUAAAUAUACAUUCAUAUUUCUCUCUUCGCUUCAUCACUGGUGGUUUGUCUCCCAUCCAAAUCGAUCGAACUCGCGAAAACUAAAGCUCUCUUAGAAAUGGCUAUGCCUUUGGAAAUGGCCAUGCAUCUGACUAAGACCGUAUGGUUUGCUCUGAGCGGCUGGAUUUUCACAUGUUUGUGUAUCGCUGACGAAAUCGCUGGUUCUCUUAGAAACCGACAAAACAGCCAUCUCCAUGUCGGAUGAUCGAUUCAAGAUCCAAGAUUCUUCAUAUGCCUAUCACCAUUUCCUCCUCAGAGAUUUGUUUCUUUUUUUUUUAUGGCGAUGAGUCUAGAAACACUAUAAUUGAAGGUUUGUGUUUAGAGGAGGGAGAUGCAUAAGGUCAUGGUUUUCUCCAUGUAAAGUGGAGUUUGAUAUAUAUAUAUAUAUAUAUAUACAUAUAUUAUAUGUCUCAAUUUGUGUAUGCCAUGUUGAUUUGAGAGAAAAAUGUUGGGUUUUUGGUACAUUUUGAUACUUUUUUUUCUGGUCUCUGUUUCCAAAAUUGAGUUUUAAUUGAUAAUGAGAUUAAAUGAUAUACAAAUUUCGACGCUGUUCGUCCCUUUUUGGUUACGUUCCACUGUUCCAGUGAGAUUAAGAUGGUUUUGAACCUUUGGUGAAGAAGCAUUCAGAUGCUCGGUCAAAGAAUUACAAGACUAGAUCUACUUGCAGAUCAUCUCUGGCGAGUGAUGGUAUUCAUAGCUUUACCUUUUAAAGUGAUAAGGUCAUAGACAUGUAAUGAUUCAUUUGGUUCCAUUGUAGCGAAGAUGAUUAAGUGAAUAGAGCAUUUUGUCAGUCGUUAAAACUUGAAAUAUAUUAUUUAUAAAUUAAGCGCGUUAGAUCUUUUUUUACGGAUAAGUCAUUAAACUUUAUAAAAACAGAGUAUUAAGUUUCUUCAUUCCC